CGUCGAUCACUUGUUCCGUGGAACCAGGCAAUGGCAACAGAGAAAAGAGGGCGGCCAUCCACUUGCGGCUUCUCCAUGCUACCGGAGGAGUGCGUCAGCUAUCUGCUCUCCUUCACUUCGCCUCGUGACGUCUGCAGGUCGUCGCUGGUCUCCAAGUCUUUCCUCGCUGCGGCACAAACUGAUGUCUUGUGGGAGUCCUUCCUGCCUUCGGACGUGGCUGAGAUACUAUCGCGCGCCACACAUCCGGUGGAUUACUCCUCUAGGAAGGAGCUGUACUUCUGCCUCUGCCAUCCCCUCCUCGUCGACGAAGGCAGACUGUUGACUUUACAGAGCUUCCAAUUGGAAAGGUCAACAGGGAAGAAGACUUACAUGCUAUCUCCGGAAACCAUGGGUAUAACCUGGAUGGAUACUCCUCAGUAUUGGAGAUGGAUUUCUCUUCCACACUCUAGGUUUAGUAGGCAGGCAGAGCUUUUAUCUGUUUGCUGGCUUCAUAUAACCGGCUCAAUAGACAGUCGAUUGCUCUCCCAAAAGACAAUGUAUACAGCAUACAUGAUCUACAAGUUAAAUCCCGAUUCAUAUGGUCUUGAUUCCAACUCCCAAAAGGCCUCCAUCAAAUUAGGAGCUCAUUCACAAGAAAACCGUGUCUCUUUGGAACCAGAUGAUGAAGAGGAUGAUGAGGAAGAAGAAGAAAAGCAAAUACAGCUGAGAGGGGAUGGAUGGUUGGAAAUGGAGCUAGGCGAGAUUUAUAACGAUCAAGGCGAUGAAGGAGAGAUUGCAAUCAUAUUUAGUGACGUUGAAGAACUCCAUUGGAAGAAAGGCCUUGUUUUCGCUGGAUUUGAGAUUAGGCCGACCAAAAGAAAGGUGGAUGUUGAAUUGUUAGGUUAAUUUGUUUGUAAACUCAAUUAAAUGUAGUUUUCAUGGUGAUGUGCUUAUACAUUGAUAUGUGACACUAUUUGAUUGUGUAUUGUUAUAAUAGUUGGCUUUAGAUGUUUCAUCAAAUGCUUCUUAUUUCUUGCUUUUACGGACUAGAAAGUUCCUUGAAAGACAUCUAUAAUAACCUUUGUUUUCCAAAAUUAAACAUAGCUUGAAUCAUGUUUCGAAUCUGAUUUAACGAAAUCAAA